GCGCUUUUCCUGCGCGGGAGAGUAGACCUUGGGAUGUUUUUCCUAGGGAAAGUAGGCGAGUUCUAGCCAAUAUCGUUCUUCUGCUUAAGAGGAAUUACCUGUUAGAGUGAGAAGUAUGUUAAUAUUGAAUAAGACAGCAGGAUUUUUUUCUAAACCAUCAAAAAGGAAAAUUUCUGCAUUUCUAAGAAGUUUUAAUUUUCACCCCAGAACGCAAUCCCUUCAUAAAGUAGUCCUGGGAAUUGAAACCAGUUGUGAUGACACAGCAGCUGCUGUGGUGGAUGAAACUGGAAAUGUAUUGGGAGAAGCAAUUCAUUCCCAAACUGAAGUUCAUUUGAAGACAGGUGGGAUUAUUCCUCCGGUAGCUCAGCAGCUUCACAGAGAAAAUAUUCAACGAAUAGUACAGGAAGCUCUUUCUGCCAGUAGAAUCUCUCCAAGUGAACUCUCAGCAAUUGCAACUACCACAAAACCGGGACUUGCUUUAAGCCUAGGGGUGGGCUUAUCAUUUAGCUUACAGCUGGUGAAUCAGUUGAAGAAGCCGUUCAUCCCCAUUCAUCACAUGGAGGCUCAUGCACUGACUAUUAGGCUGACCAAUCAAGUAGAAUUUCCUUUUUUAGUUCUUUUGAUUUCUGGAGGUCAUUGUCUAUUGGCAUUAGUCCGAGGAGUUUCAGAUUUUCUGCUUCUUGGAAAGUCUUUGGACAUAGCACCCGGUGACAUGUUUGACAAGGUUGCUAGAAGACUUUCUUUAAUCAAACAUCCAGAAUGCUCCAGCAUGAGUGGCGGGAAGGCUAUAGAACAUUUGGCCAAACAAGGAAAUAGAUUUCAUUUUGAUAUCCGUCCACCCAUGCAUCAUGCUAAAAACUGUGAUUUUUCUUUUACCGGACUUCAGUAUAUUACCGAAAAAAUAAUAACGCAGAAGGAAAAAGAGGAAGGUAUCGAGAAGGGGCAAGUCCUGUCUUCAGCUUCAGACAUUGCUGCUGCGGUACAGCACACAGCAGCAUGCCACAUUGCGAAAAGGGCACACCGUGCUAUUCUGUUUUGCAAGCAGAGACAGUUGUUAUCUCAGAGUCAUGCAGUACUGGUUGUGUCUGGAGGUGUUGCGAGUAACUUUUACAUCCGAAGAGCUCUAGAGAUUGUCACUGAUGCUACGCAGUGCACUCUCUUGUGUCCUCCUCCCAGGCUGUGCGCGGACAAUGGUGUUAUGAUUGCAUGGAAUGGCAUUGAAAGGUUACGUGCUGGCUUGAACGUUUUACACAAUGUAGAAGGCAUCCGCUACGAACCAAAAUGUCCUCUUGGAAUAGAUAUAUCAAGAGAAGUUGGAGAAGCUUCCAUAAAAGUACCACAAUUAAAAAUGAAGAUUUGAUUUUUACUUUUCAAGUCUCUAAAGAAUGCGGAAACCAUUUGCAUUGUAGGUCAAGUAUCCAAGAGCACAGGAGCAUGCUGUACGAACCUAAGUAAAGAAGAAACUGUUCUCCUUAACCAGCGAGUUUUCAAAUACCUCACCAGCGUUUCCUAGACAAGCCUGUAGAUGGGUACAAUGUGCGUGUGCAUAAACUGACAGCCGUUUUUAGAUGGAAGAGUAACAGCCGUAUCUUUCAGAGGAGACUGUCCACUCCCACUGCUGUGUAGUAGUUUGCAGUAUUGUAGAAUCACGUGAAGUAUUAAGGAGACGCCCACCGAUGAAAUCUGAAUCAUAGGUUAUUAUUAAUGUACAACCAAAGUAAGAACUUUAAAAUUUAACCUUUGAAAUUUCAACUGUGACUAUGCAUUGGAAUCACCUGAAUAACUGACAGUUACGCCUGAGCCCCAUCUCUGGAAAUUCACUUAGUUAUUCUAGGAUGCAGACUGGGCCUCAGGGUUUUUCAAAACCACUCAGGUGAUUGUCAGCGCAAACCAGGAAAGAGACAAGAGGCUCAAGGAGGCCAGAUCAGGAAAGCACUGUUUUACGCUGAGAACCACAAAGAAGCUCAGGUGCUGGGCCUCCGGACUCUAGGAAGAGCAGUCAUUUUUUAAAGGAAGUACACUUUGCCUGUGACUGAAGUAAUUAGCUUGUUCAUGUGAUGUGUGCUCUUGGGCAGAGAUUUGGGUAGCUGAUAGCAUGAAAGAUUUAAUGCAAUGAACAAAAACCAGGCUCAUGCAUGGUUCCAAAGGAUUGGCAAAUUAGCCUCUCACUGGCAUCCAGCUGCUCCGUGUGCCCAGGGGUCUUCCACACCUUGAUCUCUGUUUUCAUUGUGCUGUUCAUGGAUUAACACUGUCAGCUGCUGGGAACUUGUUAGGAAUGCAGUGUCUGGGGCCCACGUCACAUGUAUUGAGUCUGGAAUUUGGGAAGCGGGCCCAGCAACCAGCGAUAGGUCUUUCAGGUAAUUCUGGUAUACCCUAAAGUUGGAGAAAUAACUGCUUCAGCCCUCUAAGGGGGAGCACUCAGAAGCAAACCAUUGCCGUGGCCAUCGUCCUCUUGCAUAUAUCCUCACCUCUAACCCUGCUCAGCGGGUCAAGAAACCUGUCCUGUGGAUUCUACUUCCAUUCAUUACAGCCCAUAGAAAAAAUAUUUCAGUGAGAUCACAAAGUAACUAGUUUUUGUGAGAUGCUUCGUAAACACUUCAAUUAGAAAUUUCUAUCUCAAAGUAUUUGUCCGUGGGAUGAAUCAGCUCUGGCAUUAAGAUGACCUAUUUCACAUGGUUUCCCUUGUUUUUUGUUUUUAAUUCUCAGACUAGUUUGAGCAGAUAUUUCUUUUUAAACCUUUAAAUUGUACUGCUUUUGUAAUUAAAAUCCUGUUUAAGUCUUGGAGUUAAAGCAAAGGUGCACUAUAUAGGGAUCAGAAUGGUGAAUGGCCAAUAUGACUACUUAGUUCUAGAAAGUGCAUCUAAUUUUCAGAUAAGAACAUUAACUAUAUUAUGUAAUAGUCAACCUGAGGAAAAAUUUCAUAGUGAAAGAUUUGAGGAGUCAUGGUUAUUUUCUUUCUUUAAAGGCUACAUUGUAUCAAAUGAAAAGGGACAAGAAAAAAAAGAAUAGAAGGAAAAAAAU